GCGUGUAUUUAGAAGCGUGAACACCUGCCCAUGUUGAAGAAUAUGGUCUCACAGGAUACUGUAGUCGACGUCAUAAUGCGUCGGAUAUGAAUGUUGAAAAAUAACUUUUUAUGAAGAAUUUCUUCUUUAGUCUUGUACAAGAAGUGUUGCGCCUCUGAAAAUUGCCCAUAUAUUAGCAAUGUCAUCUAUGGCAAAGGGUUGUGUCUUCGUGUUCUUGGUCUGUUUUGCACUGGCAAGUUACGCUGCAGACCAGGGAAGUGAUUCUGAUCAGUGCCUAGUUUACCGAAAAGGAUAUCCAGCAUAUUAUACAUGCAUCAUAAAGUGUUUUCAAUUUGUGCUGGGCUUUGAAGAUUCCACAGCUAGUUUUUGUACGAACAAGUUCCGGAUGACAAAGGCAUCACUGCACGAAUAUAAUAAUACCCAUGCAGUCAACACUCUUAAGUGUAUUGCCAUUAAAUGCAGACAAUUUGUUCCUGAAGACGUUUGUGAAGGUUCAUCACCAGGUAUAGGAAGUAGUACAGAUUUUAGCGAUUUUACAACAGCGUUUAGCACUACAUCAUUCGUUGAUGACGCAAACUCUGGAUUAUCUACCAGCGCACCCUCAUCUUCUGGAACAACUGUCGGGGAAUCUACAUCUCCGGGACUGCUAUCAACAUCUGGAAGUAGUGUGAAUACGCCACCCUCUUUUACUAAUGCUGGAACUACAUCAUCAUCGUUGGCUCCAGAUAAUUCCAUGCCAUCUACCACUCCAUCUCCAUCAUCAGAUGAUGCAUCUCAAAACAGCGGUGACGAACAGCCUUCAGACUCAGAUGAAUGUGAUGAAGAAGGUGAUGAUAUGUUUGACGACGCUUCUUCGGGUGGAGCCAGCACGCUUGCGUCAACAACAGAUUUAAAUCCUUAUUAUUCAGAUGAAGGCUAUUAUAAUUCUCCUUCACCUGACGAUGGUUUUUCAGGCUAUUAUAAUUCUCCUUCACCUGACGAUGGUUUUUCAGGCUAUUAUAAUUCUCCUUCACCUGACGAUGGUUUUUCUGCAAGUGCCACCUCUACUAAUAGCGGUGGAGAUAGCUCUUCUGCAAGUGCUGCCUCGGAUAGCGGAGAAGACGGUGCUUCAGCAAGUGCUUCCUCAGCUGAUAACGAUGGAGACGAUUCUUCUGCAAGUGCGAAUAGUGAUCUUGAUUUCUUUUACUAUUUCAUAUACGAUGAUGACGAUGAACAAUCUAAUUCCACUUUUAACUCAAAUAGCAAUAAUGCCUCUGCAACGAAUCUUUCUUCAACUUCAGUCCAACCAUCGCAAAGCACCCCACAGCCAUCUAUUGGCACAACCUCUUCAGAUUCUGCGGAUGAUUAUUAUUCCGAAUCACCAGAUGAUACAUCUAAUGAUGGCAUGCCUCCUGGUGAUGAAACUUCUGAUAAUCAAUUUGAUGCAGGCAAUAAUUACUACGAUUAUGCUGCUGCAGACACAGUUGCUGGUCAAGAUGGAAGUGGAAGCUAUUCGUUUAGUGAUUCCCGAGGUGGAAACAACAAUCCUCAAGUUCCACAGAAUCCAAGUUGGGCACCAUUUGGCUCUAAUCCUCAGCAACCGCCAGUAUAUUAUCCCCCGCAAGCACCAGCAUAUAAUCCUCAACAAGCACCAGCAUUUAAUCCUCAACAGGCACCAGCAUUUAAUCCUCAACAAGCACAAGUAUUUAAUCCUCAACAAGCGGAAGCAUUUAAUCUUCAACAAGCUCAAGUAUACAAUCCUCAACAAGUACCUGUAAAUUAUCCUCAACAAGCACCCAUAUAUAAUUCUCAACAAGAAUUAACCUACAAUCCUCAACAAAUGCCUAAUUGGAAUAAUAAUAAUAAUAAUUGGAAUUACGCCCAACAAAACAGAAGGCAACAGAUCCCUAUUCAAAAUAAAUGGAACCGAAGGCAGCAAGGUUUGCUUCCAGCCAAUAAUCAGGGAUACCAAUGGAAUCAAGGAAAUUUAAAUAAUAAUGGAUGGCAAAGAAAUCCAGCCAAUAUUCCAUCAGCCAACAAUGGUAGGUUUUUGAGAAACCGGGGAAUUCCAGCGAAUAAUGAGGAUUAUUAAAAGAUAAACAAAAUAAUAAAGAUACUAAACAGAUAGCCAAAGCUAUUUACAUAUUGUCAUAUCAUAUUUUUUUUAGAUUAUAAGAGUAUUUUGAAAUAGCUUGUUAAAUUUAAUACAUCAUUUUGCAUUUCUAAUUGCUUAAACAUUAUUUUGCUAAAUUGAAACCUUAAACCUUUUAUAUUAUUAAAUUUCGUGUGGUUACUGAAUGAUUUAUGUAUAAUUAUGUGCUAACCUAAUUUUAAUAAAAUUAAUAAAUAUUAUUACCAUUUAAUUAAAAGUAAUCACUCAAAUUUUCGGUUCAUUUAAUUCUGUUAAGAAUUUCAUUCACAAUUAAUUUUCAAUAAAACUGUUUUAUGGAAAUGCAAUACCAAGACUUAAAUAUUACGAAUAAUAUCCAUCGGAACGAAAAUGUUCUUUGAAUUCAAUACUAUUUUGACAGAAAAAUAUUUUAAACGGUGGAAAUUCGAAAGGGAUAAAUGAAAUAAAUGGAAAGUAUUUUUUCCAAGUGAACUGUUAGCUUUUGAUACAGAAAAGUACAAAUAAAGAUUCUAAAAUUAAA